ACAGAAUCAAACACAAGAACCACGUCCAGCAAAUUCAGCGAUUGAACGUGACCUCCAAGAACAGGGAUACACAACACGCCAAUCCGAUGAAGCCUUGGACGAAUAUAAAGAGAUGGAGAAAAAGUUGGAAAAUCGUGCAGGUGCAAAUGCAAAUUGAGGCUGUGUGAAGAGUGAAUUACUGUCAUUGUGGACGUCAAUAUUGUAUCGAUUCAUGUUAAGUAAAGUCUUUUGACGACCCUAAAGGUAUAGCCGAAGAGGUUGCAACGGCAAAAACGCAAUCAUCCGUACGCAUUUUGCGGUCGUUCUCUUUUCAACCAACAAAAGUUUACUCUCUGUAGGCGCCUAAUUCUUGGCAAGAUACACAUUUAAAUGGCAUUAAAUAGAGGUCUAAUUACCCUUGUCUUUCACGACGAUGAAAAAAAUGAAAGCAUCUCUACUGCUUCUUGUCAUUCUUCAUAUCCAACAUGUGUACUCUACCUCGAAGAGUGACUUAGAAAAACAAAGUUCUAUAACUCUUGACACUUCUGCGCUUAUCAGAAAGCCAGGCAAGGUGACAUCUGCUCUUCAAAACAACAUCAAGAGGGUACGACCGGAAGGCUAUAACACCAAGAAAGCAAAAAUUGAACGUUUGGCUUUAUCUAUCCGUCUCAAAAAACCGCAUCUGGGCGCAGAAGGAGCAGAGAUAGCUGCAAAUGAUGAAUAUUUGCAAAAGAGUAGAAAGCAAGCUCAGCGUUAUAGGGAUAAACUUAAGGAAUUAGGUGUUGCAAAAGAUACAAGAAAGAGAAAAUACAAGCCUAAGCCGAAAGAUUAUUAUUCUACAGAGAACAGAACAAUUCGAAAAGCCUUCACAAUCUUGAGAUCAAAAGACAAUAACAUCACAAAAUUUGACCAAGCACGAAAGGAAGCCGAAGAAAUGAUCAGACAAAGACAACACACCGAACGCAUCCGUGCCCGAGAGAAGUACAGAAACCAGAAAACUCUGAAGAAGCAAGGAGAUGACAUGAUCGGAUACCAUCAGCAUUAA